UCACGUGUAUCAUUUUUGACCAGGGACAGCAGGCUGGAAGGAGGAAGCAAGAAGCUCCAAGAGGGGAUUCCUGGUUAGAUCUCCCUUCUACACAACAGCACAAAAGCUGCAUUCAAAAAGUUAUUACCUGCUGGCAGGGUGCUGCAGGAGCUUUAGAAGGUUUUACGUCCAGAUCCCAAAGUUAAUAGCAUUGAAGAUUGUAAAAGAGAAGUGAUCGGUGUGAAGGGGACAGAGAGAAGAUGACUACCAUAGAUCAACAUAUGCAGUAUUCCAACUCGUACACUAUGUCAGAAGAAGUGUACAUGGCACAGGAAGAAGACUGGGAUAGAGACCUUCUCCUAGACCCUGCAUGGGAGAAGCAGCAGAGGAAGACCUUCACAGCCUGGUGUAAUUCGCACCUGAGAAAAGCUGGUACGCAGAUUGAAAACAUAGAGGAAGACUUCCGAAAUGGACUUAAAUUGAUGCUUCUGCUUGAGGUGAUUUCUGGGGAGAGACUACCUAAACCUGACAAGGGAAAGAUGCGUUUUCAUAAGAUUGCAAAUGUGAACAAGGCUUUGGAUUUUAUUGCCAGCAAAGGAGUGAAACUUGUAUCUAUCGGUGCAGAAGAAAUUGUUGAUGGCAACUUGAAGAUGACUCUGGGUAUGAUCUGGACUAUCAUUCUGCGUUUUGCUAUCCAGGACAUUUCUGUUGAAGAAACAUCUGCAAAGGAAGGUUUGCUGCUUUGGUGUCAAAGGAAAACAGCACCCUACAGAAAUGUCAAUGUGCAGAAUUUCCACAUCAGCUGGAAGGAUGGGCUUGCUCUGUGUGCUCUCAUUCACAGACAUAGACCUGACCUUAUUGAUUAUUCCAAGCUCAGAAAGGAUGACCCCAUUGGAAACCUCAACACUGCCUUUGAUGUUGCAGAGAAAUACUUGGAUAUCCCCAAAAUGUUGGAUGCAGAAGACAUUGUGAAUACCCCCAAACCAGAUGAGAAGGCAAUUAUGACCUAUGUGUCCUGCUUUUACCAUGCAUUUGCUGGAGCCGAGCAGGCUGAGACUGCAGCAAACAGGAUCUGUAAGGUUCUUGCUGUUAACCAGGAAAACGAGAAGCUGAUGGAAGAAUAUGAGAAGCUAGCAAGCGAGCUGCUGGAAUGGAUCCGACGCACCAUACCCUGGCUGGAGAACAGAACUGCAGAGAGAUCCAUGAGUGCAAUGCAAAAGAAACUAGAAGACUUUAGGGACUAUAGAAGAGUUCACAAACCACCACGUGUGCAAGAAAAAUGUCAACUGGAAAUCAAUUUUAACACUCUGCAGACCAAGCUCAGACUCAGCAACCGCCCUGCUUUCAUGCCCUCUGAGGGCAAGAUGGUGUCUGACAUUGCUAAUGCUUGGAAAGGCUUGGAGCAAGUAGAAAAGGGUUACGAGGAGUGGCUACUGUUGGAAAUCAGGAGACUAGAAAGAUUGGAGCAUCUGGCAGAGAAGUUUAAGCAGAAGGCAUCUCUGCAUGAGUCUUGGACCAGAGGAAAGGAAGAACUGCUGUCCCAGAGAGACUAUGAAUCAGCCUCUCUUAUGGAGAUCCGUGCCUUGGUGCGUAAGCAUGAGGCCUUUGAGAGUGAUCUGGCUGCUCAUCAGGAUCGUGUGGAGCAAAUUGCUGCUAUUGCUCAGGAGCUAAAUGAGCUAGACUACCACGAUGCUGCUUCUGUGAACAGCCGGUGCCAGGCAAUCUGUGACCAGUGGGACACUCUGGGCACCCUCACACAGAAGAGGAGAGAUGCUCUGGAGCGUGUAGAGAAGCUCCUGGAGACCAUUGAUCAGCUCUACCUUGAGUUUGCAAAGAGAGCAGCCCCCUUCAACAACUGGAUGGAUGGAGCUACAGAGGAUCUGCAGGACAUGUUCAUUGUACAUAGCAUUGAGGAGAUCCAGAGUCUUAUUACAGCCCAUGAGCAGUUUAAAGCCACUCUUCCAGAGGCUGACAAGGAGAAAAUGUCAAUUUUGGGAAUUCAGGCUGAGAUCCAGAAAAUUGCCCAGACGUAUGGUAUUAAGUUGUCUGGCAUCAACCCAUACACCAAUCUCACCCACCUCGAUAUUGCCAAUAAGUGGGAGACGGUCAAACAACUGGUUCCCCACAGAGACCAAACUUUGCAAGAGGAGCUUGCUCGUCAGCAGGCUAACGAGCGCCUGCGUCGCCAGUUUGCAGCACAAGCCAAUGUCAUUGGACCCUGGGUCCAGACCAAGAUGGAGGAAAUUGGGCGUAUAUCUGUAGACAUUAGCAGUUCUCUGGAAGAUCAGAUGAACCACCUCAAGCAGUAUGAGCAGAACAUUAUCUCCUACAAGUCAAACAUUGACAAACUUGAAGGAGACCACCAACUCAUUCAGGAAUCUUUAGUAUUUGACAACAAGCACACCAGCUAUAGCAUGGAGCACAUUCGUGUAGGAUGGGAACAGCUUCUCACCACUAUUGCUAGGACCAUCAAUGAAGUUGAGAACCAGAUAUUGACCCGUGACGCCAAGGGUAUCAGCCAAGAGCAGAUGAAUGAAUUCCGGGCAUCAUUCAACCACUUUGAUCGGAAGAGGAAUGGCAAGAUGGAUCCUGAUGACUUCAGAGCUUGCCUUAUCUCCAUGGGAUACGAUCUGGGUGAAGUAGAGUUUGCCAGAAUUAUGACUUUGGUUGAUGCAAACAACACAGGAGUUGUCACUUUCCAGGCUUUCAUUGACUUUAUGACCCGGGAGACAGCAGAAACUGACACUGCUGAACAGGUCAUGGCCUCAUUCAAGAUCCUGGCCUCAGACAAGAGCUACAUCACAGUCGAUGAACUCCGUAGAGAACUGCCUCCAGAACAGGCCGAAUAUUGCAUCAGUCGCAUGACAAAAUAUAUGGGUGGAGAUACUGUGUCUGGAGCCCUGGAUUAUAUAUCAUUCUCCAGCGCACUCUAUGGAGAGAGUGACCUGUAGAAUGAUCUUUAAGAUAAUUUAAACAAAAAAAAACAAAAAACAAUCAUCCCUGCAGCUCAUUAAUAUCCCCAAGCUCAGCUUCCUGUUUUCCUGUAACUAAAUUAACGAAUUAAAAUAAAAACAAUGCUAUUUUAAAACUGUAACCUUGAAUGCCAAAUAAAAUGUAUAUAUACACUUUAUUGUUUGAACUGUGAGAGCUGUAAAUACCACAGCAGUCAUGAAAUAGUGAUAUGGCAGAUAAUUAUGGGGGAGACAUCUUGUACAGCUGAUUAGGUAGUGAUGAUGACAUGCUAUAAAUGGUAUAAAACGAUGAUGCAAAGGGUUGCUAUUGGUAUUCUAAUCUACCUGGAGGAAAUUUAAAGGCAUGAUCAAAGUCUUACCACUAGGAAUGCAUUUUGAAGUACUGGAAGUAGUUACAAAAUAGUAGUUUUUUCCAAUAUACUUAAAAGUUAAAUAUUUAAGUAUUCACAUUAGAUUUGCAGCCUCCAUAACAUCCUGUAAAAUCUGUGCCCUCUUGUAGUUUCAUUUUUUGACAUUAUUGUCUUAAUUUGGCAACAAUUCACCUUGAAUACGACACGUUAAUGUGCCCAAGGGAGAGUACGAGAGGUUUUGAGGAGAUGAUUUUAGAUUGGAGAGUCUUCUUGAGUCUACAUAAAUGUACAUCCUUGCUGUACUACGAAGGCCCCAGGUCUGUUGUGUACUUUUAUACAAGAUCUUAAGUGUAUAUAUACAUUUUUGUGAUUACUGCAAAGUUUUAAUAAAUAUAUUCUACUCCUUUUCUCUUUGAGCAGACUAAAAAAUUAUUUUUAACAUCCACGCACCUAAAUGAACAGAAGUAAUAGGUGACAUGCUAAUGAGCUACAACAAAAUACAUUACAUACCCACAUUGUAUAUGCAUGCUUAUACUAUUACUAAGUUUAAAGGAAAUGGAUAUAACCUUAUUAACUCAAGAGAAGACAUUAAAGUCUUUAGUCAAAGUUGAUAUGCACCUUAUACUGUGAGUAUACCUCUUUUCUGUAUCAACUUCAACUAAAGACAACAUUUAAUCGAAAAUGGUCUCGAGGCCAUGUCAUUUUUUACAUGUGUAACGUACGCACCCUCUCUGUAAGUGUCUUAAAAUGAGAAAGUGUUAAAAUGUAUGUGAGUUUUUGACAGUAUCUGCCUUGCUAAUGUGAAACCUGGUAUAUGUUUCCUACCAGAAAGCUUAGUACCGUCGUUCAAGGGCUGCUUUUAUUGUGAGUUCAGCUCUCAUCUCUGAUCUAUGCAUUCAAAGUAAGGGAAAAAUGUGAAUACAUUGAAACGUCAUAGCUUAAUAAAAUGUUUGUUUUCUGUUUAAAAAAUGUGCACCCAAAUACCCUGCAAGGAUUUCAUCUCACACAUAUAGCUGCAUGUUGUAUCUCUAUAUAAAGACACCUGGGGAUAGAAAAAGAAAAAUGUGUUUUAAAUAUACAUAAUGUUAUAGGUUUUACUGUAUUCCCUGUAGGUGUAGGCUACAGCUUCAGAGGGAUUUACCCUAUCCAAAGAAAGUGUGGUAAUAAUUAUGAUUAAGAGGUAACGAGUCGUCGCCCCUUACAAAUCACAUUGCACCAGGUGAGCUUCUACAAAGCACUGUCUCUAGUAUAAGCCUUUAUUCUGAGCCCUUGCCUCUCCAUGCAUAGUGGCUUACUCUUUGCUUCAAGAGGAUACAAAAUAUUACUAAAAGGCCACCUGAUAUUUUUAUCUUAUAUCAUUUUAAGGGAAUCCAAGUAUAUUUAAGCAAAUGGAAAAUCAAUUAGAAUAACCAAAGGGGUUUUAAAAGAAAAUGAUGCGAUUAAAGUGUUUCUUCAAAAAAGAUUAUUGCUCAAAUUGAAAGCAAUAGAAUGAAUAGAGACAACUGGAUAAUUUACGUUAUCGGGAACCUAUAAUCACAUGCCAUUACUCAUUUAGUAAAUGCUUUGGAAUUACUUGCUAGGACUUCCAAAUCGUUGACUGGUUCCAUUAAAUGAUAAUUGGUGAAUUUCCUUUGAUACGCAGAAAAGGAUCAAUAAAACCAAUCCGAUAUUAA